AUGGUGGAUGGGUUGUGCAAGCAGUUCAAAAUCAAACAUCGAAAUUCUACUAUUUAUAGACCACAGAUGAAUGGAGCUGUGGAGGCCGCGAAUAAGAACUUGAAGAAAAUAAUUCGUAAAAUGACUGAAAGACAUCAUGAUUGGCACGAGAAGCUCCCCUAUGCAUUAAUGGCAUAUAGAACUGCUAUUUGGACUUCUACUAGGACAACACCUUACAAUCUCACGUACGAAAUGGAAGCAGUUUUGCCAGCUGAGGCUGAGAUUCCUUCGUUACGCAUACUAAUGGAGGCCAAAUUGGAUGAAACUGAUUGGAUUAAACAACAUCAUGAGCAGUUGUCGUUGAUUGACGAGAAAAGGUUAAAUGCCAUUUGUCAUGGUCAGUGCUAUCAAAAGAAAAUGGCCCGUGCUUACAACAAGAAGGUCAAAGUGCGACUGCUCGAAGAAGGAGACAAAGUGUUGAAACGGAUUUUGCCAGUUCAAGAGAAGGUUAAAGGGAAGUUUGCACCAAAUUGGCAGGGCCCUUUUAUUGUCCAGAAAGUAUUACCUGGCGGAGCACUUGUUCUCGCAGAAAUGGAUGGACAAGUUUUCCCUCAGCAGAUCAAUUCGAAUAUGUGA